AUGCCACGUUUUUGCUCGGCCUAUGGAUGCCACAAUACUUUUUCAAGGCAGGAUAUUUCUUCUCACCGGUAAGAAAUCGUAAAAUCUUUAAUAAUUCAUGAGAAAAAUUUAAAAAUCAAUAUAACAACUGAAUGCCGUGUCUGCAGACAUGGCACGAAAUGUACCAAUGUCAAAACCCGGCCGUCAUUUCAAACAACAGAGACUGUAUAUUUAUUAUAUUUUUAGUUUACCAAUCACUCGAGCACUCACUAGUUAUUGUGCAGUGCAAGUUGCUAUAGCUUUUUUAUAUUUAUAUUACCAAUUUCGCAGUAAAAAUUUGACCUGUUUUUUAAGAUUAAAAUUUUCAAAUAUGCCAAAUAUACAAACUGAAAGUGGAGUCGGUUGUAUUUUUAUACAUUAUAUAGUGGACAGGGUACUGCCAGAUGGUUUGUGUGGACAUGCAAUGACAUACUCUAUUAAUUUAUACUAUCUAAGGCCUAAGGGGAUUUUAUACGACUUUCAAAAAAUAUACUUUUUUAAUAUAUUUUGCCUUUUGGGAAAAAUUUUAUUUGAGUUUUAUAAAUUAUACUUGGACUUUUCACUGGAUUCUUUACUUCGAAGGUAUCCUAAUUUAAAUUAUCAUGUACAAUAUAGUAUAUGCAAUCAGAACUGAAAUGCCAAAAUUAUGGGCAAUUAAUGGUGUCAAAAACAGACAUCAAAUGCAUGUAUAUUCAUGACAAAUUGAAUUUGGGUUAAUAAAAUGUGAGGCCUCAAAGAAAUAUAUGGUAAUUUAUGUUAAUACUACUGAGCCUGAGUGGUGGCCAUUAUAACUGUUACUAUAAAUAAAUUUAUAGUAAAAUAUAUAAAGUACACAAAAGUUUAAUUUAAUCCAUUGAGCACCAGUGCUCUCCCUUAACUGAAUAGUAGGUCUAGAUAAAAUCGUUUUGCAUAUACAUGGAGACAUUAAUUUAACAGAGUAAAUUAAUAAUAAGUAUAGGAUGUGUUAGGGUGCACUAUAUGCAACUUAAUGGGUUAAUAAUAAUUAACCCAUAAUGAGCUCCAGCACUGAAUAAUUUACCCUGAAAAAUGAUAAAGUGCUGCAGCUAGAACAUAUUAGGGUGCAAUGAUUAGACAUGUGGGUGGAUAUAAUCUGAUUAAUAUAACUCUAUUUAUGAAAUAAUAUAUUUUAAUUAACAUUUGGAAGAAAAAUAUUUGUAAUUAUUAAAAUAUACAAUUAUAUAUGGUAAUAGAUGUACUGUAUUCUCUUCCAGUUUCCCAGAUGCCAGGAAUAACCCUGAGCUAUAUGCAAAAUGGAUGGAAAAUGUGAACAAGAAUGCCCCUGUUAAGUUUGUCCCCACGAAAGGAAGUCGCCUUUGUUCGCAACAUUUUAGCCCGGAUAUGGUGAAGAAGGAUAGAGAACGAGUUAUACUGAAACCAAAUGCUAUCCCAACAAUAUUUCAGUAUUCUCAGGUGUGUGUCUUUAUUUGUUAUAACUAUUUGUUGAUAUAAUAAACACAUUUCUACAUCCGGUUUUAGAUUAGAUUUGUCAGUGGAAUAGCAAUAUCAUACCCAGUGCAUGGCCCGUUCACAGGUUAAUUAGGCCAAAUAAAAAAAAUAGUUGGUUUCAGGUUUCACAGCCAUGUUCUAUAUGGGUAGGUAGGUCGGAAAAACAUUUUAUUUAAAAAAAAUAUUUUAUCUCAAGUAUGCAAUCAAUAUAAGUUAAAACUCAUUAUAAACUCUUUGUUACCUCCGCCAGGAGGUUAUAUGUAAUCAUUACCUCCGCCAGGAGGUUAUGUAAUCAUCUGGGUUUGUAUGUGUGUGUGUAUGUGUGUGUGUGUGUAUGUGUGUGUGUGUGUUUGUCUGUGAGCACGAUAACUCAAGAAAUACGAAACAUAUUCAUACGAAAUUUUUUUAAUGCAUUUCCCAUCGGCCAAGGAAGAACUGAUUAAAAUUUGGUUGAAUUUGGUUAAAAAUUGAACGAGAAAUGAACAAAAUUUUGUCUUGCUUUUCCUGGUCAAUUAAAAAAAACUCACUGAAUGCGUAAUUAGGACGUGUAUAAUGUAUGCACGCAGUACUAAGACAAUAAUGAGAUGAUAAAAACCUCAUUAAGCUUCAGCCUUCAUUAUCUAUUGUCUUAGUUGCAUUUCACAUGACCGAAAUUCAAUGCAGGCGGAGGUAUGCAGUCUCUGAGUGCCUUCUAGUUUCUUUUGUAUUUUCCUCGUCGUGAAUUAUUAAUGAUUUUUUUGCAUAUAGAAUGUACAGUAUAAUUUAGUGCUAGCAUUAUUAAAGACCACAAAGUUGGGGGGAGGUGGAUUUAGGAAGUAAAGAUUGGAGGUUAAGCUAGGAAGAAGGGUGUCUCAGAACAUUAAAAUUAUUUGCAACAUUUGGAGCUGCUAUAGGGGGCAAGCCUUAAUAACUGUUGCACUCCUGCUCUUCAAUUUGUUGAUCCUAACAGACUUGGGCCCAUGCAACCAAUGGCAAUUAAGUUCCUAUACACAUAAUUUGCAGCCUUAAGCUCUAUCUUAAAUAACCCUGAUGCAUUAAUGGCAGGCAAGGUAUUUGAUAUUAGGUCAUCAGACUUUGUCAGUCUGAGGUAUUGAUAGUGAUCAUAAUCAGAGGUUAAUAUAUUUUACCUUUAAAGCACAUUGGUCAGGAACAGUGUUUUAAAUAAGUUUCUAUGUUGACCUUCAAGUUGCAAAAAAAUAAAAAAUCACCUAGAUUGGUAUUGGAAUCGGCCUGUUAUAUUGCUUACAUUUCUUUUUGGAUUUAUUUAAACCUCUCAAAUGCGGUCUGAUGGAGAAGUCAUUUCAUAUAGUUUCAGUUUAGUUUGCUAUUCCCCUCUUCUUUAACUAUGCCUCCUGGCAGACGAUCGAUAUAGCCCAGUCGAUUGAAAUUGACUGGAAAACACUGAGUACUACCGUAUAUAAUUUUCCAAUAAUCAUGGUAGUCGUGCCAUGCGUACAAACUUUUGUAUUUCAAAUUGUACCCUGAAUAGUGUGUAAUAUACACUAUAAUAAUUCAAGACAAGUAGUAUUUUUGUUUAAAUGGAAAAUUAUGAAACGAAAUUUCCCUACGAGACAUUUCCAUCCCGUAUACGAGUAACUAUAAAGAGAACAUAGCUACUUCUUCUGGAUCGCCUGGUCAAACAAUGAAAGUUCAGUAAUUUUAACUUCUUUAGGUUUCAAAGAAUGGAGGGCAGAAUGAGAAACCCAUUGACAGGGAAGUUACAGAGGUAGGGCAAUUGAAAGGUAUGCCACCAGAACAAGAUUGUUUAAUAGUAGCAGUAAUAAGAAAUGAAAAUGAAGUAAGUGAUGAAGCAUCAAGUUUACAGGUGGUCAAUGAGGAGGUAACUACUACAGAUAGUGUAAGCAUGCAGGACAUCACUGAAGAGGUGACGAACGAAGACAGUGUAAGUAUGCUAGGAAGAAAGAGAACGUACUCGAAUGAGGUUGAGAUAAACGAGGUAAGCACGUCUCCAAAAAGAGCACGUACAACCAGUUCUUCGGAGAAAAGUGCAAAUGAUCACUCGUAUUGUAUAAAAUCUCCUCGUAGAGUGAGGAGACAAGUGGAUAAUCUUAUAGGUGAAGUAGGAAAUCUAAAGAAGAAAUUGAAAAUAGCCCAACAGAAAACGAGAAGAAGGAACAGAAAGGUUAGCACGUUGGCUUCAGUGGUAAGUGAACUGAAAGAGAAAAAUCUAAUCAAUAGUGAUUGUGCAGCUCUUUUAGAAACGACUUUUUCUGGAGUUCCUAGGGAACUCAUGAAAAGGUUAGUGACACAAAAGAGAAAGAAAAAUCCUGGGGCGUAUCCCCCCGAGCUUCGGUCAUUUGCCCUGACCUUGAAAUUUUAUUCUACAAAAGCGUAUAACUAUGUUCGGAAUAGUUUUGAUUUAGGGCUGCCACAUGUAUCCGUGAUUCGGUCGUGGUAUAGUUCUAUGAAUGGCGAACCAGGUUUCACUAAGAACGCAUUGGCGGCAUUAAGAGCCAAAGUUCUAGCUGCAGAGCGAGAUAACCAAGAAGUUGUAUGCGCACUUAUGCUUGAUGAGAUGUCCAUACGUAAACAUGUCGAGUGGGAUGGUAAGCAGUUCCGCGGUUAUGUUGACCUUGGUACAGGCAUCAAUGACGACUCGCUACCCGAAGCAACGGACGCCCUUGUAUUUAUGGCGGUGUCGGUGAACUCCGGUUGGAAAGUACCAUGUGGAUAUUUUCUAGUGAAUGGUCUUACUGGAGAAGAGAAAGCCAACUUGACCAAAGAAUGCAUAACCAAGUUGCACGAAGUAGGGGUGAAGGUGGUCUCUUUUACGUGCGAUGGUCCCACGUCACACCAGGCAAUGUUGAAAUUGCUCGGCGCACAACUGUCACCUGAGAGCUUGCAAGCGUACUUCCAACAUCCAUGUGACCCGACAGCCAAGAUCUAUAUUUUCCUAGAUGCUUGUCACAUGAUAAAGUUAGUGAGAAACACCAUGUCGGAUUGGAAAUUUCUAAAGGAUAAAGAUGGCAGAAUCGUAAAGUGGCAAUUCUUGGAGGAAUUGCAUAAGUUACAAGAAUCAGAGGGUUUACAUCUAGCCAAUAAGCUCCGAUCCGCUCACAUUAAGUGGAAGCCGCAGAAAAUGAAGGUAAACCUGGCAGCGCAGGCGCUCAGUUCGAGUGUUGCAGAUGCUUUAGAGUAUUGUGAAGGUAAGCUGAAAUUGCCACAAUUUCAAGGGUGUGGUCCAGCAGUCAAAUUUAUCCGUGUAUUUGAUCAUCUUUUUGAUGUUCUAAAUUCCAGGAAUCCGUUGGCGAGAAAUUUCAAGGCGCCAAUUAGAAGAUCAAACUACCAGUACACGAAGAGGUUUCUAGAUGAGGCAAGUGACUACAUUCGAAAUCUGAAAACGUCAGAUGGCCAAUCGAUCCUCACGUCAAAAAGGAAAACAGGAUUUCUUGGUUUCCUUUUGGGCAUCAAUGCUGUUGUGGGAUUAGCAGAAGAUCUCGUUAAUGCCGAGAAUCCAGUGCUCAAGUAUCUUCUGACGUACAAGAUGAGUCAAGAUCACUUGGAGUUAUUCUUUUCAGCUGUGCGAGCGUCUGGAGGGUGGAAUAAUAAUCCAACAACUCGUCAAUUUAUAGCAGCAUACAAGCAACUGCUGAUGAGGCACAACAUCGAAGGAGGACGUGGAAACUGCACUCCUCAAGAUGAUACGGAGAUAUUGAAUAGUGUCCAGGAUCAGCAUGAAAUCAACUCCUUGCCUACUGGAAUUUCUGAUGUUGCAAUUGCAAGGAGAUAUGACUUGGCGUUGAGACCGCCAGCUGCAGAUGAUCACGACUACUGUGAUGUUUCCAAUGCCAUGGAACUAUCGGAGUACAAAGAAGCUGCCAUAUCCUAUAUCGCUGGGUAUGUGGUGAAAAUGGUAGAGAAAAAGAUCCAUUGUCCGCAAUGUGUAGCGGCUUUGACAACGAACAAGGAAAGCAUUCCAGACUUGUUCGUAACAUGGAAGACGAAUGGAGGUCUUAGAUUGCCGUCCCUCGGACUUUUAAAGAUCUGCAAGGAAACGGAAAAGUGUGUCAUGAGAAUGCUAAAUGCAAAUGGAGGUGGUUUACCUCAUAGCGCUGGACUUUCAAAUGCGAUCACUGCGACGGUGUUGUCAGCGUGUGUUGAAAGAGGGGUCUUUAGUACAUUGGACCAACACAUGUUUGAUUCGACUCCAGGGAACAACCACAUACUUAGUUUGAUUAAAUGCUGUUCUCAGAGUUAUGUGACCAUUCGUAUGCACCAUUUAAGCAAGUUGACAAAUGCGAGAAUGCAUGACAAGGUAAUACGUAAACAGUUUUCGAAGCUUGUGUUAUUCAAGCAUCAGUAA